GUCAGCGUUUCUAGGCCCAAGGGACCCAUGGGGCUAAACACAUUGUAUGAUCCAGGAGAGAUUGCUCUAGUAGACGUCAUCUUCGUCCAUGGACUGGGAGGAGAUUCCAAAAAGACAUGGUCAGGAUCUCGUGACGCGGAGAGCUUCUGGCCACAGGACUGGCUGCCGAAUGAUCCAAGCUUCAAGACGGCACGCAUUCAUUCGUUUGGAUACGAUGCAAAUUGGCGAGACCGGAGUCUUAGUAUCCUAUCCAUUCAUGAUUUCGGCCAAGAUUUGUUGGGAGAGAUGAAGAAUCACCCAUCGAUAAGGCGAAGCAAGACCAACUUCGUUCUCAUCGGACACAGUAUGGGUGGAAACAUCGCCAAGGCAGCAUAUGUUCUGGCCAGGCAGAGUCCCACGACCGACGAACUUGCGUCAAGGUUUCAUUCGAUCAUCUUCCUGGGCACUCCUCAUCGCGGAUCCAAUCUAGCCAAGGUUGCUAGAAACAUUCUCCAGGUCAUGGGUGUUUCUAAGCCCUAUCUCGACGACCUCUCUGCAAACUCGGCGUAUCUGACUGAACUUAAUGCUUUAUUUCAGCCUUACGCUGCAGAUUUGCAUAUAUGGUCAUUCUUUGAAACCCGUCCAGUAACUGAACGACCCGCAAUUGUGUUGGUGGAUAAGUUCUCCGCUACACUUGGAUAUAGUCACGAAGAAGUCCUUCCUCUGGAUGCCGACCAUCGACACAUUUGUAAAUUCGGUAGCAUUGAAGAUCCGAAUUAUAGAAAAGUGCGAAAUGCUCUAAGUAGAGCUGUGGAGAUGAUUCAGCUCAAAGACGAGCCUUAUUCCGCUACAGCAUCAAGAGCUAGACUCGAAAAGUAUCUGAACACCGACGACUCUUAUCAAGACGACUUAUUUAAUUGCCAAAAUGCGAAACUACCGGGAUCGUGUGCCUGGUUUACGGAGCAUGUUGUCUUCGCGGAAUGGCUGGAUUUCGAAAUUCAAUCUGAAGUGCCAGCCUCACCUCCUAUCCUCUGGCUGACAGGGUCCCCAGGAACCGGAAAAUCCAUUAUAUUUGGCCAUGCAGUUGACUUUACAAAGGCCAAAGGUGCUUAUUGCGAAUACUACUUCUUUCGGAAGGGCCAGACAAGUAGUAAUGGACUGGGGCCUUUCUUGCUUCAUAUAGCUUACCAAAUGGCGUUGAAUGAUCCAGCAGUGCGACGGCGGAUAUUCAAACUACAAGACAACUCCGUUUCUUGGCAAUUGCAUGAUGAAAAGUCUAUAUGGCGGAAGCUAUUUGUCGAUGGUAUAUUCCAGGUUCGGUUUAAAUCGCCUCAUUAUUGGCUGAUCGAUGGUCUGGAUGAAUGCUCGGGUGCAUCAGCUUUCUUCCAACUAGCCUCGCAGAUUCCCGACGCUAUUCAAAUCUUUGUUACCAGCAGAAAUACUCCUGAGAUUGAACGCGGCAUUGGUUCUCUAGGUUAUCGUGUUCUUACCCAUUCCCUCUCCAUAACGGAUACAGCUGCGGAUAUUCAAGCAGUUAUACAUGCCGGGUUGGAAAUACUAUCUCUUCAUGAUAUCGCCCAGCUUGAGCCAAAACUUGUUGAAAAGGCGUCAGGAUCCUUCAUGUGGGUUCGCCUCGUAUUGCAGGAGCUCGAAACUGCCUUUACAGACGAAGAUGUCGAAGAGAUUCUCAACGAGGUCCCCAAUGACUUAUAUAAAAUGUAUGAAAGAAUCCUUCACACCAUCGAAAACGAACGACGGAGGGCUAAAGUCGCAAAGAGCAUCCUAUUCUUCGUCGUCCUAGCUGUUAGGCCAAUGACGUUGGAUGAAUUGUGCCACGCGAUACAGUACGAGCUUGGCCAGACGCUACACAAGAUGGACCAGGUCAUUAUGCUCACGUGUAGCCAGUUCGUUACUAUUAAUCAUAGAAGCAGAGUUCAGAUUGUACACGAAACUGCGAGGGAGUUUUUCCUCAGCGAAGGCCUCAAUUCCUCAUUAGCCAUUCCACGCUGUCAGGGCCAUAGCCGUUUUGCCAAUCUUUGUAUCUCAUAUCUGGACGCUCAAUUUCAACAUCUGCCUGGGACAUUAGAGCUAGGGGCUAACAGUGUGCAACAAAACGCAACCGCAUUCUUUCUCAAAUAUGCAUCGACAUCAUUUUCUCAACAUCUCAUUGAAGCUGAUAAAAAUAGCCUUGAGCUCUUCAAUACAGUCGUUGACUUUCUUAAUAUCAAAGCCCUUUUCUGGAUAGAGUACCUUGCUUCGGAAUCUCUCGUUGUCGUUAUUCCAAGGACAUCCAUGGAUCUAGCCCUCUACAUCAACGAAGAAAUGCACGAUUUGAUACCAGACAAAUUCCAGAUGCUUAAAUCUUGGGUAACUGAUCUAUCUCGAGUAGUAUUUACAUUUCGUGAUCAGCUGCUACUCGACCCUUCUAUCAUCCACGAUCUCAUCCCCACUCUAUGUCCCACGUCCUCGGUGGUUUCUCAGAGUGCGCUUCUUCCCCCUUCGACUAUAGCCGUUUCUGGGACGAGGGAUCCGACUUGGGACGAUUGUCUUCUGCGCAUACCAACUGACCAAGAGGUUAAUUCCGUUGGUUAUGGAGAGAAGCAUUUCGCCAUUGGUCUGCGCGAUGGGGAGAUUGAUGUCUAUGAUUCAGCCUCUAUGCAGCCUCACAUUAGCCUUGUACACCCGGAUUCUAAAGCAUCGCUGCUGGAAUUUAUUAAUCAGGAUACCUAUCUUGUUUCUUCUGGACGGUGGGGAGUAUCGAUUUGGAACGUAAAAUCCGGUUCUGAGCUUCACCGUAUAGCUUGCUCUUCGCCGCAGGCGGUUCAUCUUCAAGACGAUGAGCUUCAUAUUGCUCUAGAGGAUGGCGACAUGAUUUCAAGAUCUCGCAAGUGGUUCCCGUCCUCCGCAGCCUCCGAAUCUUGGCCGUGGGAAGAUAACCGGCUUCAACAUGUUGCUUUCUCUCCUAUUUAUCCCAACAUUCUGGCUGCGUCAUUUCAUACUAAAGAUGUCUACUUGUUCGACGUUGAUGACUCUGAUUUUGUCGGAACAUGCUGUGCGCAUGAAGACAGCAUUGUCCGAGCCAUAAUGUUCAACCCCCAGCACGAGAUUCUCGUCGUUUCGCAUGUUAAUGGAUCUUUAGCAGCAUUUGACACUGGUACAAUGUCAAGAAUUCUAAUGCUACCUUUUGUAUCAGCGCAUGUCCUCAGUUGGUCUGCAGACGGCAGAUACUUGAUCGUGGGCACACAAAACACCACGGCCCAUAUGCACACUAUAGAUGUAUAUGAGCUCUGCCCGGAUGUUGAAUCGAUUAAGCUCAAGAUUAUAUAUCGCACCAAUUAUCCCCACAAAGUCAUUUCCCAGAUCUCUACAGCGAAUCAUGGGCUCCGAUUUGCGAGCAUUCAUCUCACCGAAUGUCAUAUUUGGGAUCUUUCUCGCUCGCUGUACACAUUUGGCAAUUCUCAGCACGUCAAUGAGAAUAGCAAUACCUUGGUACCUAGUUCGCAGCAACCAUCUCCAACGGAAACGCGAGGCGAGAUCUCAGCCAUGGUCUUAUCUGAAGAUGGGACGGCCGCUAUAUGUGGAAAUGAGCAUGGGGAAAUAUGGGUAUUCUCAACAAUUGAUGGCUCC